GGUCCGGAGAGCUGGAGCAGCGCCUCAUAGCGGAGGGACACCUGCCCCAUCGGAGGAGCCGCCACAGGGGUGAAGGAUGCUGCUCUGGGUGUUCUUCCUGGUGAUCCUCACCCUCAGCAGUGGCUCUCACUCUUUCCCACCAUCCCUGCCCCUCCGAAUCCCUCGGUAUGCAGAUGCCAUCUUCACCAACAGCUACCGGAAGGUGCUGGGCCAGCUGUCUGCCCGCAAGCUACUGCAGGACAUCAUGAGCCGCCAGCAGGGAGUGAGAAACCGGGAGCAAGGAGCAGAGGUACGGCUUGGCCGUCAGGUGGACAGUAUGUGGGCAGGCCAAAAGCAGACGGCACUGGAGAGCGUCCUGGCAGCCCUGUUGCAGAAGCACGGCAGGUAUUCCCAAGGAUGAAGACACCACCUGUGUUUUUUGCUACCUGCAGCCAAAACACAACCGGAUCCAGUUAAUCCUAUUGAAUCUCUGACCUACUUUUUCCAUCAUAAAUACAAUAAAAUUCCCCCAUACUGG